CGAGGUACAGGUCAAGAUCUGGUUCCAGAACCGCCGCGCCGAGUGGGAACGCAUCAAAGCUGGGAGCUGCACGGCGUCCGAGUGAGCGGCUGGGAAGCCGCGGGGCGUCCGAAGAAAGGAGGCGUACCUGACAAGUGGCUGGGAGCCGCAGGGCAUCUGACAAGGGAGGCACACUCGAACCAAGAAGUGAGCAGCUAAUAUGGGAACUGCUGCGUCAGCAGAUUUGAUACGCAUCACGGAGCGGUGGGGAGAAAAGUUCCCCUCUGAUGCGUUAUCCCGCCUGUUGCGGUGGGGACGAAGAGGGGGACUUUCCGUUCAAUCGAGUAGUAAUACUGUUUGGGAGCGGUUGGGCUGUGAGCUCUGGAAAUCAGUGGCUCAGGGCGAUAAGAAGGUUUUCUCCCUGAGUCCAGUAUGGCUCACCGCGCAGAGACGAUUGGAGGAGUUUGAGGAUGAGAGAAGACAACUUCAGAAAAUGGCUGAUUUUGCAGUAACACUGGAACAAGAACUGGAACAGGUUAAAUUGAUUCUGCAUCAGCGAGAUCUACAGUUUGAAUCUUUACAGCAAGAGCAUCUAGUGCUCAUGAAGCAGCUCACCUUAACCCAAGAAUCAUUGCACACCAAAGAGCAGUCCCUAAAUGACCUACAGACUCAAUAUGAUGAGCUGGUGGCCAUGGAAGUGAAAGAAUUAAAACGGGAGUUACUGAAACUUCGAAGUGAAAAGCAGUCCAUUGAUGUUGAAUGCUCAAGACUUCAGAAGGAAGUAUCCCAGGUUCACCAGCAGAUAGUGGAGUUAGAAAGCCACCUCCAGUCAGUGCAAAAAGAACGGGAUGCACAAAUCGCUGAUGGAGGAAAUAACCAGGCUUCCCAUGAACGGAUUCAAGCUUUGGAGAUAGAGCUGCAGGCUGUUAGCCACAGUAAGAUGAUGUCGGAGAAAGAGCUGCAAGAAGUACUUUCACAUACCAGCCAGGAGCUUCGAGAAUCUAGGAGAAAGAUAAAACUUUUAGAAGAAAUAAACAAGAAGUUGGCCCUCAAACUGGAACAUGAACAGGUGAAGCUCACUGGUUUUGGUCAGUCUAACAUUGCUUUGCGAGAGCACAGCACCAUCCUCGAAACAGUACUAGCAGAGAGAGAGGCAGACCUGGUGCAGCUGAAUCUCCGGGUUCAAGCAGUCCUAAAUAUUCAAGCUUUACAGACUGCCUUCGAAAGAGAAAAGUCAAACGUUAAUAACCUUCAAAAGCAGGUUGCGGCAGCCAAAGUAGAUGCAGCACAUAACCGUCGUCAUUAUAGAGCUGCGGUUCUUGAGCUGAGUGAAAUUAAGAAGGAGCUACAAGCCAAAGAACUGCUUGUCCAAACCCUUCAGGCUGAAGCAGACAAACUACACGCUAUUAUUGAAUGUGCUCCUGCCUCUUUUAAGGCGCUCCUUUUAAGACAAAAAGGGGGGAUUUGCAGUGAGCGGGCAGACGCCUUGGAUAAGACGCCUGCCGCUCGGUUGCUGCAAGCUCUUAAUUGGUUACAUCUUGGUAAAAACAGCCAGGUGCCCCCCGCGAUUAAACAUGUCAACGGGAUGACUGGGGAAGAGCAGGGUGCGGCCCCCCGACCCUCGGUCAAAUGGUUUGAUUAUCAGCAGCAAAUAUGGAAAGGACCAGUUGACUUGCUAACGUGGGGCAGGGGUUAUGUGUGUGUUGCCACUGAUGCGGGUCCCAGGUGGAUGCCAGCGAGGUGGGUCCGGCCUUGGUUGCGUCCUCCGGAGUGACGGCAGGCAGAUGCGGAGGAGCCUCACGAGACACGCUCAGAUGUCGCGGAACCAGAGCCCCCGGAGGAGAGCUGUUUGUUAGCUCUGCCAGGACUUUUUCUGUCUGAUCCUCCAUGAAUGAAUUACUCACUUGAGAUGAUUUUUUGUGUUUGAAAGAAAAUCUGUGUGGUACCAUGCAAUUAUUAUUUAGAACUAAGAUUUAUGUUUUAUGUUCCUUGUUAUGUUUUGUGUUGUCUGUUUUCUGGCCAGAAUUAUUGUUGUAUUGUCAUGUGGUUUGAUGUUUUUUCCUUAAGACCCCCUACCACCCUCAGUGUCAGUUUGAUCACCUGACAUCUGAGGGA